UCUCUGAACUCGAAACCGUCGGAUAAACGCAUCUGAUUCUGGGGAAAGAGGGACUCAAGAACCGUAACUAGAAACGGUCGCCCAUCCAUAGAAUCAAAAGUGAAAGUGAAAUGAACAGAGCCAAUCUGUAUCAGCAGGCGAACGGCGUGCAGCGGCGAGAUGCGAUGGAGAUUUUGAAAGAAUACGCUCCUCUCAUCAGCUGUGCGCGAGGUGGCGAAGAUGCUGCGCUUCUGGACAUCGGCUGUGGCAGUGGGGAUGUGCUGGUGGACUUAGUACUGCCCGUGCUUAGCCGGUGUGAGACCUACACGGGUCGAGUGCUAGGAACGGAUAUCUCCGAACAGAUGGUGCGAUAUGCGCGAGAAUCCUACCGACACCUUGGAACGGUUAAUUUUGACACGCUUGAUAUUGGAUCGACGUUGGACCCGGUCAGUCUCGCACGUUGGGGUCAGUUCCGGUGCGUUACAUCCUUCUAUUGUCUGCAUUGGGUGCAGAACCAACACAUCGCUUUUUCCAACAUCUACCAGUUGCUGGAACCAGGCGGCAAUUGUUUGCUGGUGUUUUUAGCCAACAAUCCCAUAUUUGACAUAUAUAACCAACUAUCUCGUUCGCCAAAGUGGUCGAAGUACAUGUACGACGUGGAGAAGUACAUUUCGCCGUACCAGUUUUGUGAAAAUCCGGCUAGUGAGAUCGAGGACCUCCUGUGCACGGUAGGCUUUCAGCAAUAUCAGAUUCAAGUGCGCGACAAGUUGUAUGUCUACGAGGGAUUGGAGAACCUAAAACGAGCGGUAUUGGCAGUAAACCCAUUCAGCGAACGUAUGCCUUCCGACUUGCAGGAUAAGUUCCUUGUCGAUUACAUCGCUGUUGUGCGCCAGAUGUACCUGGCGAAGAAUGGUGAUGUCGAGAACGAUUGUGAUCUGCAGUUCAUCUCACCGUACAAGCUGGUGAUCGUUUAUGCAAAGAAAUAGACAUACGUUUUCGCUUGGAAGGUUUUCAGUUUGUGUACAAAACACAGUUUCCAGUGUAGAUCAGACGCAAAAUCCGUCAAAAUUUAGCUAAUUAUGUUUUAUUCCUGUAACGUAUUUCAAGCAUAGGUAUGUGCCUUUAUCACGAUCUUGGCAACCUUGACGAAAAAAGCAUCAACAGCUGCAAUUACGUUAUUGGUCGCUACCAUUGCUCUAUUAUAAUGAAACUGUUUAAGACACAAA